AUGAUUGGGGUACAUCAAGUGCCAGAGCUUCUUCUCAAUUCCUGCGUGGGCUCAAUAGCAGAGAAACACGAGGAAGGGGGAUUAAAAAUCUCCGGAGAUUGCUUGUUUCCACAACCAAGAGACUUGACCGGUCAGGAAAUACAAGACUGCGACAUUCGGCAGAUUCGGUCUGUGCUGGAUGGCCAUGGAAGGGGGCGAUCAAAGGAGACAGUUUCGCUCUUGGUCCUAGCAUGGGCUAUCCUAUUGAAAGAAUACAAUCGAUCUGAAACGUUACUCCUCUCAGUGUGUGAGAACGAGAAGUUCGUGGCGCAGAUCCCAUUCGACUCACAGCCAGAAUCGUCAAUUGAGUCCGCCCUAGAUCAGGUAGCAGAAUUCCUCACAUUUCCCAGCGAUCCCGCCAAAUCAGCAUCCCACGCGGCAGAGAACAACCAACACACCUCCCAUGUGACACUGGGCAUCUUUGACUGCCAUCCGAGGAUACGUGGGAACUUCCGACUCCACCCGCACGAAGCCCUUCGAUUGAUAUGCUGGCAGACGGACGCAACUAUUGAUGUCCACGUAUACCAUGACUCCACGAAAUGCAUGGAUCAACAAGCUCAGCGAUUCUUAUCCCAAUACCAAAGCAUUGUACAGAAACUCACGCAGCAAGAUCGCACUCAGUCUCUCCGGGAUGUCGAUAUAAUCAGUGUCCAAGACAAGAACACCCUGAUGCAGUGGAACUCAGGCCAGAUCAUGGUGUCGCAAGGUCGGCUGCACGAGUCAUUUCAAGCCAGGACUCGUGAAAGACCUAACGAACCCGCGGCUGUCACCACUGAAGGAUGUCUGACAUAUGCACAAUUGGAUGAGCUAUCGUCUACCUUGGCUGCCACCUUAGUCGAGCGUGGCAUUGGGAGGGGAGGAAUUGUCCCCAUCCUGUUCCAAAAGUCACUCUGGGCUAUUGUCAGUAUCCUGGCUGUCUUGAAAACUGGAGCGGCAAGCACAUCGAUAUGUGCAAGUCAUCCAAAUCUUUAUAUUGCGAAAGUCGUGGAACAGACAGGCUCCAAGGUAGUUCUGACCUCGGAGACCGAAUAUGAUCGAUUGACGCGCGUAAAGGGUGUCGACCGCAUAGUCGUUUCAGAGACAACGCUGCGAUCAUUCCCUCGGCCAUCAGCCAACUGGCAACUCCCGAGCGGCGACCAAGAAGAUGUUGCGUGCGUUCUCUUCACUUCUGGUAGCACGGGUCAACCCAAGGGCGUUCUCUUAAGUCAUCGGGCCAUUGCCACAACGAUGGACCAUCACGGCCUUGCCACGGGAAUCGACAAACCACCCAGAACCCUGCAAUUCUCAUCGUAUGCAUUCGACAUGGCUAUUUACGAAAUAUUCCAUGCACUGGUGAGAGGAGGGACAGUAUAUACCCCAUCCGAGGAGGAAAGGCUGCACGAUCUUCCGUCUUUCGCUACAAAACAUCAAACAACAUGGGCGUUCAUCACGCCCACAAUGCUCAGAACCUUUAGCCCAUCGCAAUUCCCCACUAUGGAUACCAUUGUUGUUGGCGGAGAGGCGGUAGGCAAUGACCUGGUCCAAACAUGGGGUAGUCGGCUGUACAACGGGUUUGGACCGGCCGAAGUGAGCAUAUGUGUGUCAACUCGAAUGGACCCUCGGCGUUGGGUGGAAGGCACAAUUGGCCGGCCGGUCGGGUGCAUUGGUUGGGUAGUGAACCCAAAUGACAUGAACAUCCUGACCCCAAUUGGAGGAAUAGGGGAAUUGCUCGUCGAGGGACCCAUUGUUGCUCACGGAUACUUCAACCAGCCAGAGAAGACCAAGGAAGUCUUCGUUUCGGCGCCCACUUGGAGGUCUACCUUUUCCAUUCCACAUCGGGGUACUUUCUUCAGGACCAGCGACUUGGUCCAAUUCAACUGGGAUGGCUCAAUGCGAUACUUGGGCCGAAGAGACAAUGUGCGGAAGAUCAACGGCCAACGAAUAGACAUCGAAAACAUCGAAUUCACCCUGCGACAAAUGGAGACAAACUUGGACAUUUCAGUGGAUGUCUUGGCCUCGCCUGGCGCACACCAGCAAGACAUUGUCGUCGCCUUCGUGGCAGAGAGAUCGACGAAAGACGAUGGAUUGAAAGUUUCCUCAAUGUGCAAGGACAACGCAGAUACAGAAAUGAGGCGUUACGGUCGAGAAGAUGCGAUCCGGGAUGAGAUGCGGCACCAUCUUCCGCGGUACAUGAUACCGGCUUUUGUGAUUGAAGUGUCGGCUCUGCCAAAGACACCUACCAGCAAGGUCGACCGGAAACAGCUCGCCGCUAUGUUCACUGGUCGAUCAGAAUCAGAGAUGACGAAACUCCUCAAGUCGAAGACAAAUGGGAAUCCCAAGAGAAUCGCGAUCUCCACGGCCGAACAUCAAGUGGCAUCUCUCGUUUGUAAGAUUCUGAGGUUAGAGGCGACAGACAUCGAUAUGAAUAGCGCCUUUGUGCACAUGGGUGGAGAUUCUUUGGCCGCUGUGAGACUAGUCAGUCUCGCCCAAAAGUCGGGGAUAUCUCUUAAGGCCAUGGAUCUUUUGCAACACGAUCUGAAGUUAGCAGACCUAGCGGAGGAGCUUGAGAACUGCGACUCAAUCCCUUCGGCCGCGGGGUCUACUGUCAUUCCUUCUUUUUCCAUGCUCCCGGAAAAUAGCGAUGACCGCAGUAAGAUCCUGGAGGCGGCCCAGGAGCAGUGUGGUGUUAGGGAAGAGUCGAUUCGUGACAUCUACCCAUGCACACCUAUCCAAGAGGGUCUAUUUUCCACCACCUCCGUUGGCUCCCGGGCUUACAUCGAUCAUUUCACAUUAACGCUCUCUCCUGAUGUCGACCGGCUUCGGUUGGUGAGGGCCUGGAACACUCUGAUCCAAUCCAGCGACAUACUGCGAACCCGCAUUAUCCAAACGUCCAUUGGGGUGUACCAGGUCGUCACAGAUCACCAUGAGCUCCCAAUUCCAUCCUAUAGAUCCGAGGAACAGUAUUUGACAAGUGACGCGACGAAGGAAAUGGGCCCCGGGACUCCAUUGGUCGUUGUCGGUCUCAUAGUGCCAGAAACGCACUCCGGCGCAGAGAAUAAUAACAUUGCCACGCCAAAGGCACAACUCGUGGUCACUAUCCAUCAUGCAGUCUAUGAUGGCUGGUCAUGGGAAGUGAUGUUACAGGAUGUAGAGGCCGCCUACCGAGGCGAGUCACUGCCUCCGCGUCCAUUCUCAGGUUUCGUACGCUUCCUGCAAGAUCGGGACCUUGUCGGCGAACAGGAAUUUUGGCGUUCCUACUGUCACAAUCUCAACGCGGCCGUCUUCCCCGAAGCCGUCGCAAUCAACCGGGCUGCUCAACUCAACAUUCGAUUAACCUAUCGUCACCAACCUCCGCAGACCCCCCGCCAGGGAUGGAGGAAACUGGCCAGACAGAAACUGUUGGCCCUCGGGUGA